GUGGUUGCUGCGCCGCGCGCCAUUUUCAAACCGGCGGCGGGGCCGGGGCCGGGCCUCCCGCGGGCUGUUGGGGCUCCUGUCGCGGAACCGGCCGCUGCCGCCCGAUGCGCUCUGACCAGCAGAAGCGCGGAUUAGCCCGGCAGCCGCUGGGCUCUAGUUCCCUCCGUGCUCUGCCGAUGCCUAGGUGACGCGUCUCGGCGUCUGCUCCGUGGUUUGCCCUGGAAGAAUUUACCUUCAGCAGCGUGUCGUGUUACAAAAGCCACUUUGGAACUGUGUUUACAAUGACGACAGCAGCGGAGCGGAAGUUUGUUAACCUCAGGAAACGUCUGGAUCAGCUGGGCUAUCGGCAGCCCUUGGGAGUGGAGAGUUUACCUUUGGUGGAAAAGCUUUUUAGUGACCUUGUUCAUACAACUGAGAGCCUGCGCAGUGCAAAGUUAUCUGCUGGAAAAAUUGAAAAAGAAUGCAGCAAUUAUGAUGCUAUUAUAGAACCGUAUAAAACUGAGAAUGCAAAACUUACCAGGAAAAAUAAUGAGCUGCAUUUGGAAAUGUUAAAACUGAAAGAGCAAUCUGAUCAUCAUAUUAAAGACUUGAAAGCCAGCUUAAGGAGUGUUGAAAAUGAAGCAGCUGACUUGAAAUUCCUGAAUAACCAGUAUGUGCAUAAAAUUAAACUGCUGGAAAAAGAGAGCAAAGCCAAGACUGAAAAAAUUCAGCAGCUUCAGGAGAAGAAUCUGCAAGCAGUUGUGCAAACUCCUGGUGGCAAAAAGAGAAACAUCCCAUUCAGGCGUCAACGCAUGCAGAUAGACCAGCCUGUCCCUCCAUCAGCUGUUAGUGCCUAUCCAGUGCCUCAGCCAGAGGACCCGUACAUUGCAGACCUUCUUCAGGUGGCUGAUAAUCGAAUACAAGAACUUCAGUCAGAAGUGACACAGUUACAGGAAAAACUAGAGAUAUCAGAAAACGGAAAGAAGAAUUACAGCAAGCAGGUUGAACUUAGAGACAAAGAAAUAGAACGCCUAAUGCUAGCAUUGGAUGGUGGUCGUUCUCAUGAAGUUGUAUCUCUGGAGUCAAGAAGUAAAAGUAAUGAGAAACUUAUUGCUCAAUUAAAUAUGCAGGUUGAAUAUCUUCAGCAGUCAAACAAAGAACUUGAAAAUCGCAUUCAAGACCUCUUGGAUACAAAAAAAAAUGUGACUAGUGAGGUAGUGCACUUAAGCAAUAAAAAUGAAGAACUCUGUCAAGAACUGAAUGAAAUAGACCAUUUGGCACAGCAGUUGGAGAGACAUAAGGAAAUUGUGCUUGAAACUGCAGAUAAAGAAAUAGGAGAAGCAAAGAAGGAAAUUGAAAGAAAGGACAGUGAAAUACAGGAUCUUGAAGACAAAAUAACGAGGCUUAAAUCAGAGUUGUGCUCAUGUCGUCGACAGAAUGAGAGAUUGAGUGAAGAACUCUUUGGAAAAGCAGAUGAUAAAGAGAAUCUCGAACUAUUGCUAAACCAGCUUGAACAAGAGAAACAGAGGCUGACAGAAAAAACAGAGAACUUUGAAAUAAAAGAACGGGAACUUGUCCUAGAAAUAGAAAGAAUGAGAUUAGAAUACGGUAUAGCUCUAGGAGACAAAUCUCCAUCUCGUCUAGAUGCAUUUGUCAAAACUUUAGAAGAUGACAGAGAUUAUUAUAAAAGAGAAUUAGAGUAUCUUCAAAAAAUGAUAAAACGAAGACCUAGCCCAAGUCGUAGGACUCCAGAGAAGAGUGAAGAUCUGAGAUUGAUCACUAGAGAAAGAGAUGAGCUACAGUCCAUGUUAGACAGAUUUGAAAAGCAUAUGAUAGAAAUUCAAUCCAGCGUCAAGCUAUUGACUGCAGAAAGAGACAGAUUAAAUAUUCUUUAUGAGCAGUCUCAAAGUGAAUUAAACAGGCUGAGAAGAGAAGCAAAGCAUCAUUUAGUUUCUCAAAGUCACCUGGGAGAAGAUGGAGAUGUUGCACUGGCAGACUUUAGAAGACUGAUGACAGAAAAGGAAAGUCUAAGAGAAAAGUUAAAGAUUCAGCAAGAAGCAGCUAACCUUGAAAAAUCAAAGAUGCAGCAUGACAUUUCAGAACUGGAAAAUAAUAUUCAACAAUUUGAGUUGGAAAGGUGUGAACUAAAGAGUACAGUCUCUAUCUUGAAAGAAAGAAUAAAGUCUUUGGAAAAUGAAUUAAAACUGAAAUCCAAUAAACUUAUGCAGACAUCUGAUGAUUCUUCUCAAUUUAAAGCUGAACUUUGCUCACUUCACCUCUUAAAUGAACAACUCCAGAGGACUGUGGAAGAUUUACAGCACCGAUUGUCCCUCAAAAAGGAUGAACUUCAGUCAGCUCAAGAAGAAAUUGUAAAGCUAGAGGAGAAAAUAGAUAGGUUAAACCAGAAGAGCACUUCACAGGAUGAGGCGGUCAAUGUGCUUAGAAGUACUAUUACUGUUUUGGACAAAGAAAAGGAUAAUCUUCAAGAAACUGUAGAUGAAAAAACAGAAAGAAUUGCGUGCUUAGAUGACAACUUAGCUAAUAAGGAAAAGACAAUUACUCACUUACGGCUAACGCUCUCUGAGCUGGAGUCAUCAACAGACCAGCUGAAGGACCUCUUGAGCAGCAGAGACCGUGAGAUAUCUAGCUUGCGUCGCCAACUUGAUGCAUCCCACACAGAGAUUGCAGAAACAGGAAGAGUAAAGGAAAUAGCUCUGAAAGAAAAUAGACGACUACAAGAUGAUCUAGCUACAAUGACCAGGGAAAACCAGGCUGUCAGUUCUGAGCUUCAAGAUGCAAUACGUGAAAAGGAAGAAAUGAAAACAAGAGUUCAUAAUUAUAUAACUGAAGUUUCCAGAUUUGAGAGUCUGAUAGCUUCAAAGGAAAAAGAAAACCAAGAAUUGUUAGAGAAGUUCCGAAUGCUGCAUACACAAGCUGAGGACUGGGAAAUCAAGGCUCAUCAAGCUGAAGGGGAAAGCAGCUCAAUACGGCUUGAACUCCUUUCUGUAGAUACAGAUCGGAGACAUCUUCGAGAGAGAGUAGAACUUCUGGAAAAAGAGAUUCAAGAGCAUAUGAUUGCACAUCAAGCUUAUGAAUCUCAGAUCUCCUCCAUUACAAAAAAUAUGUCUAAAUUGGAAGAGGACAUUAAACGUGAACAUCAGGAUAAGUCCUCUGUAUUGGCUGACCUGACUUCUGUGAGAGAACUUUGUGUUAAACUUGAAGCUAGCAAAGACCUUUUAUCUCGACAGCUUGCGUCUAAAAGCAUGGAUUAUGAAAGGGUUCUAGGUGAAUUAGAAGAUGUUAAAUCAGAAGCAGAGUUGCUGAAAAAGCAGUUAUCCAGUGAGAGACUUACAAUUCAGAAUCUUGAAACAUUGCUGGCUACCAGUAGAGAUAAAGAAUUUCAGAACCAUUUAACUUCUCAUGAAAAAGACUCAGAAAUUCAGUUACUGAAAGACAAGCUAACACUUGCUGAGGGGAAACUAAGCAGUCAUAAUAGAGAGGUUUCCAUACUUCGAAGUAAAGUUGCGCAGCUGCAGACUGACUAUGAUGUUUUAAAAAGACAGCUAACAACUGAAAGAUUUGAAAGAGAGCGUGCAAUUCAGGAAAUGCGUCGACAUGGUCUCUCUACGUCAUCAUUAUGUGCUUCACCUCCUCUCAGUUCUACGUUAAGAUCUCCCUCACGUUCUCCAGAUCAUGCAGUUGUAAGGACAGCUGAUCAAGCAGCAGCUGAAAAAAACGUGAGCUUCAAGGAGUAACCAGUACUUGAGCAUUCAAACAUAACAUUUCUGUGUUAUAAGGACUUAUUAUUGAAAAUUAUGAAGGAUGACUUUGUAUUCUACCUCUGUUUUCUUCAAAUCAGUGAUUACUUUUGUGAAAUCUCUGAAAACGUGUGAAGUAACCAACUCUGCAAAAUUCUGCCCUCCCAACUGUCUGGGAUUUUUUUGUGGGUUGUUUUGAUGGGGUUGGAAUCAAGUCUGGCUAGGUUUUGUGACUUCUGCAAACAUAAUAUAAUUAUAUGAAAGAAAUGAGUAUAUGAUACUAUUAUCUCUUGUUUUCUAUUAUUAAUUAAUUUCUAGUUGCUUCUCGUACGUGGUUACAGAAGUUUGUCUAUUUUAUUGUGAGCUAACAGGAGAAUAACAUACAUGAUUGCCUUAAAAGUGCUGAGCCAGUGUAUGUUUUAUACUGAUGAUGAUAACCUAUGUGUUUGGAUUGUUAACAAGUGUUUUCUCAAUACUUCAAACAUUGUGAAGAAUGUCUAUAUAUUUUAUGAAUGUAUUUUGCUUACUGAACAUUUUUCUUAAUAAAGAAUAUCAGUUGUU